CGUUUUGUUUAUAUAAAAAGCAAAGUUGCAUUUUUAUAAAAUUUUUUACAAUUAAUUCUAGUAACUAAAAACGCUACAUUGAAUAUCAAAAACUGAACGAUAAUGUCACAGCAUCUCAAUGAAUCUCCACGAUGUCUCAGCGAAUCUUCUAUAAGGUUGUUAAAAUCAACAUCAGCUAUCCUGUCGACUGAAGGCACCAAAGUGACUUCAAGGAUGUAUGAAAUUAUGCUCAGUAACUAUCCGAUUGUUAAAAACCUAUUUAAUACUUCUCAUGUUCGUAAGAACGGGAAUAGCAACACAGUCGCUCCUCAAGCCCAAGCAUUAGCAAACGCUGUAUUUCGGUUUGCCGCCAACGCAGACAAUCUUACUGCACUUCAAGACAUGUUAAAACUAAUAGCUCAUAAACAUGUCAGUUUUAACAUAUUACCUGAACAUUACCCAAUAGUUGGAAACUGUCUUCUUCGAGCUAUUAAAGAUGUUCUUCAAGAUGCAGUAACUGAUGAGGUAAUGGAAGCUUGGCGGGAAGGCUACGACUAUUUGGCAGAUUUGUUUAUUAAAAUGGAAAAUGAUAUAAAAGAACAAAAUAAAAUGAAAGGAGGAUGGGUUGGCUUUAAACCAUUGAUUGUGUCUGAAAAAAUAAAAGAAACAGAAGAUAUUACUUCAUUUAUUUUAAAAGCUCCAAAUGGAGAAGAUCUACCAGAUUUCAUUUCUGGGCAGUAUAUCUCCAUCAGAAUUCCUAAUGGAAAAAUUGAUACAGUUGAACAUGACGUUGUUCGUAACUAUAGCUUAUCAAGUAUGUGUUGCCGAAAGUUCUUUAAAAUAUCAAUAAAAAAAGAAAUUUCUUCUAAGUUGCUUUCACCUGACGGCAUUGCAUCAGUCUACUUUCAUAAUAAUGUCAAUGUUGGAGAUGAAGUUUUGGUCGGAAAUCCUUGCGGAACAUUUUUUUUAAAGAAAGAUUUACCUUCUCAUAUUUUAAUUUCUGCAGGAGUUGGAUUAACUCCAAUGAUCAGCAUGAUAGAAACUUUGCUUUCUACUAACGAUAAUUGCAAUCAAAUACUUUUUAUUCAUUGCGCAAAAAGCGAGGCUCAUUUUGCUAUGAAGCAACACGUUGAAGAACUAUGCAAAAAUACCAGGUUGACUUCUCAUGUAUUCUAUUCAAAAGAACAAGAAGUUAGGGAGCUUGAAUCAAAAAUAAUAACGCACAACAGCCAUUUGACCAAAGAAGUUUUAGAAUCCAUUGUAUCAAUGCCUUCAAAUCACAAUUAUUACAUAUGUGGUCCGCCGCGUUUCCUUCAUUUUGUUAAAGGUGCUUUAGAGGAAAUGAAUGUACCGGCAAAAAAAAUUAACUACGAAUAUUUUGGACCAAAACAAGAAUAUUUAUAAUAAAGCUCUUUUAAAAAAUACUUUUUAAUAAAAAAAAUAUUUUUUAAUAAUAUAAAUAUUUUUUAAUAAAAAAAAUACUUUUUAAUAAAAAGAAUUUAAUAUUAAAAUACUUAUUUAACUUUAAACACAAAUGUUAUGUUUUCUUCUGUGCUAUGUAUUUCUUUCUUUUUUUUUUUUCUUUCAC